UAGUACGAUAAGGGCGUAGUACUUGGCAUUAUCAUAUAUGCUUAAAGUGUUAAUUUUAAUUAAUAGGCAAUGAUAAUAACCACUCAUAGACGAUUAUGGUCUCAAAACAGUCGAGCAUGACUGUACUCGCCUAUCUUGGGCGAGUUGGGCGAGCAUGGAGUUCGCUUCGUUUGUAUUCGUGCCCAAGAUCGUGCGCGAUCGCCAAUGACGCCAGCGCCACGGCCAAUCAGUCGCGCGGUAGCUGUCAAGUAUACAAUACGGUGCCAGUAAUUUUGUGUUACUUACAAAAAUGUCUGCAUUUUCUACAGCAAAAACGUUUGAAUUCAUUGAACUGUACAAAAACGAGCCAUGCAUUUGGAAUCCGAAAAAUAAACAUCACAAGGAUAAAAGAAAGAUUGACGAUGCAUGGACCCGCAUUUCAAAUGCUAUGGGAAUACCCGUGGAUGAACUCAAAAGGAAAAAGGAGUCUCUCUAUACGACUUUUCGAUUAAACUACAAGAAAGUCGUCAGAUCUCAAAUGUCUGGGGAGGAAGAACCAUUAAUACCUACGUGGACAUUUUACGAUGCUAUGAGUUUUAUGUGUGAUGUGUAUGACCCCAAGACUUUUUAUACCGAAGAUCAUAUUGAACCAAAUACCAAUAGUCCAAGCGACGUGGAUUCAUCAAUAAGGUUGCAAGAACAGUCCAAAAGAUUUAUCAGCGAUAUUAUUAACAAGGCUUCUAACCCCAUACGAAAAUAUUCUUUAGGACUUCCGGAAUAUCGCAAAUAUUUAGAUUCUUCUAACAAGCUAAGUAAACGUAAUAAUGAUGGGAAAAAAAUUGCGGCCACCUCCCUUGCACACUCGGACGAAUUUCAGAUUUAUGGCUUGUACGUUGCUAACCAGUUGAAGUCGCUUUCUGAGGAGCAAAGUCUUUUAGCCAGAGAAAAAAUCCAGUCAAUAUUAACUCAAUGCAGAUUAAGAGAUUUACGAAACAAAAAAAGAAAACGGUCAACUCAACACGCAACAGAUCUCCCCGGGGCCGAAUUAGAAAACGUAGAGAUUGUUUUAUGUGAAGAGAGAGAUAAAACUAAUAAAAAAUACAAAAGUAAAACUUCAUCGUCAAAUCUAAUAAGUCUGGAAUCUCCAAUUCAUUCAGAUACUGAUAUACUAGAAGAUAACUUUAUAAUGCACGUUGAAAACAUAAAGGGUGAAGGGAAAGAUGCCCAAGACUCUGACAGUGACGAUUAAAUAUGUAUAUUAUGAUUAAGAAUUUAAUAUAGAUAAGGCUGUUUUCCAUCCUGUGGUGUUUUGAUUUGACACGGAGAACUGUGUUUUCUGAUAAAACGUACAAUAUUGUUACUAACAUUAUUAUUCAAAUAAUUAAUGAAUCUACGGUUGUAUCACGUUAUUAUGUCGCUAUUGCUGCGACAUGUUUCGCGCCAAUUUGGAGGCCCUUUUUCAGGCAUAUAGGAUUUCACGCGGCGGCUAAACUCCGUGGACUGAACGCGCCUUUACUUUUUACAUAUUACUUUACUAACAUAUUAUGUAGUUAAUUUUAUAAAAUAAUCGGUGAUUUAUAUCACAAUUCUCCCUAUGUGGGCACUACUGGACAAGCAAUGGCCUCGAGUUUUGACAAUAUUGAUUUGUUAAUAAAAAGUACAAGGUGGUAAUUUGAGUUCCGUUUAUUAAAUCUGUACUAAUAUCCUAAAAGGGGAUAGUAUAGUUUAUACGACUGUGCAUAAUCACACCUCGGACACUGGCGAUCAAGUAUAUGAAGGAGGCGCGUUCCUAGCACACAUUCUAAGCUCG